CAUUCGCAACCUCAAACAAUCUUCGAGCUUCGAGCUGAAACUUUGUGCACGGUUGGAAAUUUGCUUGCCAAGUAGUGAAAAAUAACAGAGAAACAGUGGAGAAGAAGCAUCAGCAGAAGUAUCUGAAAGAAAAGCGACAACAACAAAUACAUGUGUCAGUGUGGGUGCCGUGCAUUCUGCGUACACAUACGCCUAAAUUAAAUACUUUGGCUUAAUUAAAUACUUCCGCGGCGUCGUUGUCGUUGUUGUUAUUCUGCCUCUUCUUCACGCGCUGUCUACGGUUAUCGAUUGUUUGUCUCUGUCGCUCUCACUCACCGUCUCGCUCUUUCGCCCGCCGUCGUCGCGUUUUGUUUGUGUACCGAAAAGAGGCAGCAACAAAAUAAAAGCUAAAAGACUGCGAAAAGCAUAAAUAAUAAACAACGAGACAAGUGCAAAAAGCGCAGCGAAAAGGCCAGCUGGUAAAUCCAACUCACAAGAACAGCCAGAGGAAAUCGGAAAAUUUAUCACGCAAAUCAAAAGUGCAAUAAAAAGUUGAAAGUGUUUUACACAGAGCGCCAAAGAAGGAAGUUGAAGCGAGGCGAAUAGUAAAUAAAUAAGAAGAGCCCACAACAGCUACACCGUCAUAUAAACAACAACCCAAACAUCCCACAUCAACACCAAUUACAAAGUAAACAUUUACAACUCAUUUCUCGCAGAAGAGAUACGAGUGUAAGCCACAAAACAAAACAAAGCAAAAAAAAAAAAAAGAAAAUCGCGCGCGCGUUUUGAAAGCGUUUUUCCCCCCAAAAGAUCUCGAACUUCGCGCGGCUUCGUCGCACGUCACUUGAAUAUAUUUCUCGCGCAACCACUGGGCUUAGGCCUCAAAAAUCCGCCAAAAUUCUACACCAACAAACUUUAAUCAGCCCCGAGAUUUCGCUCCAGUUCGCAACGGCGACCACAAUGCCCUACAACGGCGCUAGUAAUGGCAGUGGCGCCAGUGGCGCCGGCGGAGGGGGGGCGACCAUAGUCGUCACCGAGGGGCCGCAGAACAAAAAGAUCCGCACCGGUGUCCAACAGCCCGGCGAAAACGAUGUGCACAUGCAUGCUAGGUCCACACAACAACAGAACCAGCAGCAAGCACUUAUGAACAAGUCAAAUGACGACCUACGGAGAAAGCGUCCCGAGACUACACGGCCAAAUCACAUUCUACUCUUCACCAUCAUAAAUCCCUUCUAUCCCAUCACAGUUGAUGUCUUGCACAAAAUCUGUCAUCCACAUGGCCAAGUGCUGCGCAUUGUCAUAUUCAAAAAGAAUGGAGUCCAGGCCAUGGUUGAGUUCGAUAAUCUGGAUGCGGCCACAAGGGCGCGCGAGAAUCUAAAUGGAGCCGACAUCUACGCCGGAUGCUGCACCUUGAAAAUCGAUUACGCCAAGCCGGAGAAAUUGAACGUGUACAAGAACGAGCCCGACACCAGCUGGGACUAUACGCUGAGCACAGGUGAGAUUCUACCAAUACCAACACUGCCGACACCACAACAACAACAUGUUCAGACACAUCACCACCAACAACACCACCACCACCUCAACCACCAACAACAACAACAAAUAGCACCACCACCACCACAACAACAACAACAACAAUUACAACAACAACAUCACCACCAUCAACUAGUUGCCCCAGCUCAAUCGCACAAUCUUUGUCAAUUUAAAGAGCCACCGCUAUUGGGACCCGGCGCCGCCUUCCCGCCAUUCGGAGCCCCAGAAUACCAUCCCACCACGCCCGAGAACUGGAAGGGCGCCGCCAUCCAUCCCACUGGCCUGAUGAAGGAACCCGCCGGUGUCGUUCCCGGACGCAAUGCCUCCGUGGCCUUCACACAACAAGGACAGGCUCAGGGCGCCGUCAUGAUGGUCUACGGCCUGGACCACGACACUUCCAACACGGAUAAGCUCUUCAACUUGGUGUGCCUGUACGGCAACGUGGCACGGAUCAAGUUCUUGAAGACCAAAGAGGGCACCGCCAUGGUGCAAAUGGGCGACUCGGUGGCCGUUGAGCGCUGCGUGCAGCACUUGAACAACAUUCCCGUGGGCACUGGCGGCAAGAUCCAGAUCGCAUUCUCCAAGCAGAACUUCCUAUCCGAGGUGAUCAAUCCGUUCUUGCUGCCCGAUCAUACACCCAGCUUCAAGGAGUACACCGGCUCCAAGAACAAUCGUUUCCUAUCGCCGGCCCAGGCCAGCAAGAAUCGCAUUCAACCACCGAGCAAGAUUUUGCACUUUUUCAACACACCGCCCGGCUUGACCGAGGACCAGCUGAUUGGAAUCUUCAACAUCAAGGAUGUGCCAGCCACAUCGGUGCGCCUGUUCCCAUUGAAGACCGAGCGCUCGUCGUCGGGACUGAUCGAGUUCCCCAAUAUCUCGCAGGCAGUGUUGGCCAUCAUGAAGUGCAACCAUCUGCCUAUUGAGGGUAAAGGCACCAAGUUCCCAUUCAUCAUGAAGCUGUGCUUUUCCUCGUCCAAGAGCAUGAAUGGCGCCUGGAACAAUGCGACCAGCGAGGGCAUGAUCGAGAAGGAGAACGAGGUCGAUACCAAGGUGGACAUCUACAAUUGAGAUUUGAUUACGAUUGUGUAAGCAAGCAAACAACAACCGGCUUAACUAGAACACAAUACAAAACUAUACUGAAAGGAGGAGUAUUGAUCCGUAGACAACAGCCAAAAGACAACAACAUCAACAACAACAACAACAACAAACCAAUGCAACAGCGUCUACAAACUGCAACUGCAACGUUAAUUGCAGCAACUACAGCUUCAACAACAACAACAACAACAACACCAGUAGAUCGACAAACUUGAUGAUGGCUUACACAUUCGAAAUGACAAGAUGACGGAGAAUGCUGCGGCAAACAACUGAAGAAUUUCAAACAAAUUGAUUGCUAAAUCAACUUAAAACAAAAGAAACCAACUAUAAAUAAUUCAAUUGAGCGCAAACGCAUGUAACUUUUCUACGAGCCAUUUGCAUAGAUUUACUGAAUACACCAUAUAUAUAUAUAUUUAUAUAUAUGUAUAUCGAUUCAGCUAAUUAAUAUGACAGCCUAUGUACGAUAUGGCCUCGUUCAAAAGCCACACGGAAUGAACACUCGAUGCACAUUACAAUACAUUACAUGCGUUUGCGUGGCAACAACAAAACAAGCAAAAUAAUACAAAAAAUUUUGAAUUGUUAUUAUUGUUACAGUGAAGCAUUAGGACUUUCUCACACAACAGCAAGAAAAAAGCAAAACAACUCAAAAACCAAUUGUAAACUAUGUAAUGUUUAAUUGAUAAAAAAAACAACAAACUAAACCAAAAAUAAAUAAUUGUAAUUCAAAACGAAACCAUGUUAAGAGAACUAAAGAAAUUCCCUGCCCCCGCUCCGCUCUUCUCCCCCCACAAUGGCACACACCCUCCACUUUGACCUUUACCCCCACUUUCCACCCGUCCACACCCAAUUCCCAUGGCAGACUUCUGUAUAGUUAAUGUAAUAUGAUUUGAAUUUGGAUACGAAUAUAUUAAUGCAACAAAAAGAAUCAUUUCUUUGGACAAUAUUUCGACAAGUAUUCGGCGUGAGAAAAAGUCUUAACAAAAAAUAUUUAUUGAAUGGAUAAUAUUUGUGUAAAUUAAAACCAAAAAUUUAGCAAUUUUAAAUGAAAUUUAUUAAUUUUAGUUAUGCAAAAACAAGCCCUGCAAACUGCUGCACCGACCACUGCAGCACGUUUGCAGUUGAUUUUAAAUUUCUUACUUUAACAAAUAUUAAACAAAAACAAAAAACGAAAAAAUAAAAACUUGCACAAGCCAAUGUUUUUACUAUAAACAAACCAAGAAAAGACAAGAUGGUAAACAUAAUUUUUGUGCUUAAUUUACAAAGUUAAAAAAGGCAUAAAUUUAUAUGUAUGAGAUGUAUUUGUAUUUACAUUAAAAUUAAUUUUAAUUUACACUAAAUGUAAAAAGCAAAUUAACUAAAACAAAACAAAACAAAAGAAUAAAAAAAAACAAAAGCUAAGGAAUAAUAAUAAAACCUACAAGAAACUUUAGUUAAGUGCAAAUCGAAGAGAGCAUCUAGCAUAGUUAAGCAGCAGCAUCGCUCAGAAUUGCAGACAGCAAACAUACAACAAACAACAUAUUUUUGAGGCGUUUUAAAAUUAGAAGACAGAGCCAAACAUUUCAGAACUCCAAGUGAAGUUAGCAAAGCAAAGCUACUACUAAAGAUGGGUGAGGGCGUAUUGCAAAUGCGAAUAAAAAUAGACGAAAAAAGAAUUAACAAUAUCAGCAAUAAAGCAACAGCAACAACACCAUAUCAAAGGCGUAUGUUAGAUUACCUAUAAUAUAAACAAAAUCAACAUAAAAGAUGAACAAUGAUAAUGUAAUACGAUAAUCAAUGAGUUCAAUUGAGUUGUAUAAUUUUAUUUUUAAGCCCUUCGGCGGGCAGUUUGGGACCCAAAGAGAUCCGAGCUCAUCUGACCAUCAAAAGGGCGUUGUUUUAUAAUACAUUUGUUUUUAAUGCAAAUCAACGAAUACACAAAUACAUAAUGCUAGGGCCGCUAAACGAAUUUUCUUCACUUUUUCGUAGUUCACCGCUUGACAAUAUUGUUGGGCCUUCAUGUAGAUCAUUUCAUUCAUAAACUAUCAAUAUAACUAUGUGCAAUUUGGGCUUUAAACGAGACUUCGUUUGUUCUUUUUAUUUAUUGCAAUUUUCUCAUUUCGACAACUAGUUCGUGUAAUUAUUUCAAGUGUCUUUACAGUCUUAGUUAUUAUGUAAAUUGUUUUUUAUCCUUAAUUGUAAAAUAUUUGCCUAAAAAUUAAGUAUUAUUGUACUUAAUUUAAAUAAUUUACAUGAUUUAAUGACAAACGGGAAUUAAUUAUAAAGAAGCAAACAAUCUCGUUAAAAAUUACUUGAUAAAUAUUACUUUAAGAACAUAAAGCAACAACGAUCUUGAAGCUCCUAAUUAGAUCAUAAUCAGAUCAAUAAACAAACUACUAUAAUUCAAUAAUAUAUAAAAUAAUAUAAAUAACAAACUUGGUAGCUAUUUAAUUUACGAAUAUACAAAUUGUAAUCUGGAAUUUUUAUUGUUAAUAGUUUAUUUUGACAUUUAACACAAUUUAUUUUGUGUUUUAUUUUUCUUAACUUUAAUUUUCUACGCGUAAAAAUAGAGACAUAAAUAUAUUUAUAUUGAGCUGGUGAAAUCGUAUGAUACUUGCCUAAAUCAAAUCACGGCAACGUCAGUUAAAUAUAUAAAAUCAUAAAUAUAUUUAUGCGUGUAUUUAUAUGGUUUGUUUUAUUUAAUAUUUAAAUUUUGUUGUUAUAUUUUAAAGCGUAUUUUUUAAGCCCAGAGUUUGUAACAUGCGCGCUCAUAUUUUGAUAUAAAUAUAUAUGUAAAAGUAUCUGGCUAUUGCAUUUUUAUUUUGACCAGCUCACCCUCAUCAUUGUCAGGUUUUUGUAUAUUCUGAUAGGAAUUGAAACGUGACAAAUAAUUUGCUUUUGAAACUAUAGAAAACUCGCAAAGCAUUUAAAGCAAAGUAUAGUUUUAAAAAACAUCCUCUAACGCACAUCCUUUUCUUUUCAUUUACGGGCAUUGAGAACAGCGACUAAUGAAGAGUAAACCUAAACUAAAUUAUAUGCCAAAUAAUCUCUAGUGUUAUCCUGAAUUUUGAACAUAUCAAAAUUUUGAAGCAUUCAAAUUUAAGGGCCUAAGUUUUGAAAUUAUACAAUUUAGGCAUUAUAAAUAUAUAAAAGCAAGGAAAAAAAGAACCCGGAGCACUUCUCAAUAAGCAGCAAAACUGCGAACAGACAUAAUCCCUACAAUCCUCUACGAAAACGCCAAUAAGAAUUGUAUGUAAGCAUAUAGAGCAAACAAAGAUUUAAAAAUAAAACCCAAACAUAGAUUUAAGCUAUAAUUUGUAAUAAGUAAUUACUUUAAAGUAUUAUUUAAAAACACAUUUUAAACAAAUUUGAAUACUAGGAAAAUUUUUUAUGUUUCUUUGCGCUUUUGUUCCCAAAUCGAAAUUUAGCAAGAAAAUAAUCUUCUAGUAGCAAUUAUUUAAAUAUAAUUUAAACGCAUUCGAAAUUAAAUAAAAGAAAAUUAGACAAAUUUCGUUAAAAA